GUCCGGCCAUCAGCCUGGGAUGACAAAAGACAUUCAGUUAUCAGCUGGGGUCGCUAUGCCAUCUUGUAUCUUGUGUGGCCUGAGCUCAAGCCAUCAGUCUGGGAUGACAAGAGACAUUCAGUCCGGCCAUCAGCCUGGGAUGACAAACGACAUUCAGUUAUCAGUUGGGGUCGCUAUGCCAUCUUGUAUCAUGUGCGGCCUGAGGUCAGGCCAUCAGUCUGGGAUGACAAAAGACAUUCAGUUAUCAAUUGGGGUCGCUAUGCCAUCUUGUAUCAUGUGCGGCCUGAGCUCAAGCCAUCAGCCUGGGAUGACAAAAGACAUUCAGUUAUCAGUUGGGGUCGCUAUGCCAUCUUGUAUCAUGUGCGGGCUAAGGUCAAGCCAUCAGUCUGA